AUGAGUACGGCAGCGCCUGCAAAGACUACGAAGCGUAAAAGAAGACGGUAUAGCUGUGGCCCUUGUAAAACUCUUAAAAUUAAAUGCAACUUGCAGACGCCAUGUCAGGCAUGUAAAAAAGUUGGAAGGGAAGAUAAAUGCUAUGAAGAUCCACCCAAACCACCGUCGAAAGAAGAAAUAAAUAUAAGUAAUAGAAGAAAGAAAUUAGCCAAUCGAAAGAAGGAGUUGGCGGCUCUAUCUGAAGAGGAUGAGCCGCUGUCUGACGCAAAUAUCAAGGGAGAAAAGCUGGAGGAUAAUCCUGGUAACAUACAGGGCAAGAAACGACAUUCGGGAGCAAGUUACACUGGUAGCACAUCUAUUACACCGGUUCCAAAUAGCCUAAAUGUUAUGCCGUCAAGCUCUUCCAAUUUUGAAGAAAGCAUGGCCCAAAAUGCAAAUAGUGCGAUAUUACCUCAAGCAGUGCUUCACCUGAUAGACAACACAAGAAAUGUAAGUCUAGACAGCAGUUAUUUAUCGAGCAAUUCUUUUCGUGACCUGUUUGCUUCUGUGUCUUCAACGUCAUCAUCAGAUAAGCAAAUAAGUACGUCUUCUGUAUCUAGAAGCGGCUCUCUAGCCUCCUCAUUGUUUAGCCAUAGACUAAGUAGUGGAGGGUUAGAAAAUAUAAGAUUGGACCCUGAUGUUAAUAAUUACGAAUAUCACAAUUUAAAUACGAACCAUAAAUUGAACGAGAUGUAUUCAAUGGGGCCACAAGCAACGGAUCAACCGUUAAACACACACAACUUUUAUCUUUCCCAGCCAAACAUGACAAUGAUAUCUCCCAGUAUAAAUGAAUCCGGGUUUCAUCCAAAUGCGACUCCGAUUGAACUACAGGAUAUACAGAACAAACAAAUUAUGUUCACAUUUAAUAAUAAAGAUUUGAAUAUCUUCAAAAGUUUCUUACCUGCAUUUCCAAUAUUGGAAGAAUUGUUACAUCAGUACAAAUUGUCGAGUAGUCAUACAUACUAUAAUGUUUUGAAUAUUGAACAGAUUUUCGACGUAUUUAAGGACUUUUUCAAUAUUAUAUCGAGCUUAUCUUCAACUGAUAUUAUCAAAAUUGAUAAGCAUAGUUUGAAAUGCAUAAGUCACUUUUAUAACAUUAUGGCAAUUAGUUAUUUGCUCUCUGGAUGGGAAAGCGAAGUGAUUGUAAAUUUGGAUAAGCAAACAGUUAUACAGGGGUGGAUAAAUAUUUCUAGUAUGAUACGGCGUAUCAUAUUAGACAUUACUAAAGUUUCUGAUAUUCUUUUCUCAAUUGAGUGGUAUUUAACUAUAAGAGACUUCUUCAAAUAUAAUAAUUUGGUUUUGGAUGAUUAUUCAUCAUUCAGCAGUGUUAUAGAACUCUUGAAGCUGAAUGCUUGGAUUUUGGAAACAAUUAAGAAAGACCCAAAAAAAUUAUCAUCUCAGAAGGAUAAAGAUGUUUUUCGAGUUGUGAUGUAUUGGACUUACCUAAGGUUAGUAGACUUAGAAGUACCGUAUAUUAUGUCAAAGGGAACUUUUAUUGAUUCCCCUGAAUUUGAAAACUCGAUUGUUCCAGAUAAACAAACAUUUAAUUAUUUAUUCAAAGACUUGACAAAUAUAGCGGACCCUAUGUCAAAUAUUUCAUUUCAAAUAAUGAGACUUUAUUUUAACAGAACGCAAUACACGGCUUCGGCCAAGCUGUUUCUUAAAUCAUAUCUUGAGUUUUUUUGCGAUCUUUCAUCGUUAACUGUAAAUGAUAUAGAUGAAUUUAAGAGAAGAAUUUCAGCAAAAACCUUCGAACAGACUGAAUCCGACUUAAGAACACUUGUGAUGGUCCAAUUUUGCCAGCACGCAGCAAUAAGAUGGAUAUCUUUUAUGAAUAUUGAAUUUUCUCAUUAUUUCCCUUCCUUAAGAUUCGCAUCGUAUCUAACGACCGUUCUUAAUUUGUUUAAUCAAUUCAGUCGGUUGGACAGCGCAAUAAAACAUCAAACCCAGAACCGUGUGUGCCUAGUUGACAAAUUACUUCAGACCUACAGUUAUAACUGCUUCGCCGUAUUUGUGAGGUCUCUUGUUUUCCAGGGUAUAUUUGUAAUCACCUUGAAAAACUUCAAUCACUUAACAGAUACCAUACUUAAUUUCCGAGAAAUAUUUGGUAUUGCGAAAUCUAGGUUCCAAGAUACUUUUACCUUAUUUUGGAAUAGUGAGGUUCAUUCUAGAUUAUAUCUGAAUCUACGAUUUUUCCAAAAUUCAUUUGACUUAUGUCUUCAAAUGAUAGACAUAUCUGAGAACGAUUUGAAAUUUGAUCUGCUCGACGAUUUUAAUUCCUACUUGAUGUCUGAUCUCCCCCUAUAUGAAGAUUUAACUCUAAACUAUUUUGCAUCUCGGGAUAAUUUGAGGCUGUAUUUAGAGAUCUUGUGGCGCUCACUUACACACAUAAAAUCUAGCAACCUAUCAACAGAACUAAUUAUAUCCGAACUGUUAAAUUUGAAUAUGGAUCUACUAAAUAGUAAGUUACAUGAUCUUACAGGGCUUAUGGUAACUUCCGAAAUUGUUGAUGACUUCACUAAACUAGUGAUAGAACCAAACACACACGAAGGAAGUAUCGCUCAUACAUAG